CUAGAUUGUGUGCGUCGCUUUCCUUCGGCUUUUUUCGCACAUUGUAAAUUGAAGAAUAUUGCAUAAAAAUAUUAAUUGAAAGUGCAUUAUCAGAAACACGCAUGUUAAUAAACGGCGUUUAUGCGGGAAGAUGUAUUCGUGCUUAAAUUUAGCAGAAAUAUUAGACGGUGCACAAAUUAACUGAAUUGAGGGCGUUUUUGAACUUGAAAAAUAAACCGAAGAUACGAUCAAGAGCUGUUUGCAGGAAAACCUCUUUUUUAAUAUGGAAAGUUCAGAGUUCGUUGGCUCUCUUGGGUCGGCCGCUGGAGUUGGAGUUGAUGUUGGUGGUAGCAAUGGAGGUGGAACCGGAACUGUUGCUGCAUCCGCAUCUGCUUCGGCUAGCACCGCUUCCGAUGCUGAUGAAUUAAACUCGCAAUCAAUUUUAUCUACUGAUAGCCGAACCUCAAAUAAUGGUUUGAAUCGCAUCGAUAUGGAUGUGAACACUUAUCAAAGCGAUAGCUUAGAUCGAAAUAGUUCAGUGCCAAACAGUUUGGCUGGCUUUCGAUGGAAGCGCGUUCUGAAUCCUACAGGUCCCCAACCGCGUCCGCGUCAUGGACACCGCGCCAUCAAUAUUAAAGAAUUGAUGGUGGUUUUUGGCGGUGGAAAUGAAGGAAUUGUGGACGAACUACACGUGUACAAUACAGUUACCAAUCAAUGGUAUGUGCCGGUGCUUAAAGGAGAUGUGCCUAAUGGCUGCGCUGCCUAUGGCUUUGUAGUCGAGGGUACUCGCAUGUUUGUCUUUGGCGGCAUGAUUGAGUAUGGUAAAUAUUCAAAUGAGCUCUACGAGCUGCAAGCGACCAAGUGGGAAUGGAGGAAAAUGUAUCCGGAGUCGCCAGAUAAUGGGUUGUCGCCUUGUCCACGUUUGGGUCACAGUUUCACCAUGGUGGGUGAGAAGAUUUUUUUAUUUGGCGGCUUGGCUAAUGAAUCGGACGAUCCGAAAAAUAAUAUUCCCAAAUAUUUAAACGAUUUGUACAUAUUGGACACCCGCGGAGUGCACAGCCAUAAUGGCAAGUGGAUAAUACCCAAGACCUAUGGAGAAAGUCCUCCACCACGAGAGUCUCACACAGGAAUUUCGUUCACUUGCAAAGAGACCGGCAAACUUAAUCUCCUUGUUUAUGGCGGCAUGAGCGGCUGUCGUCUGGGAGACUUGUGGUUACUCGAUACUGAUUCAAUGACUUGGUCAAAGCCUCGAACUUGGGGCCAAGCUCCGCUGCCACGCUCACUGCAUAGUUCAACAAUGAUCGCAAAUAAAAUGUACGUCUUCGGAGGUUGGGUGCCAUUGGUUAUAAAUGACUCCAAGGCAACUACCGAACGCGAAUGGAAAUGCACAAACACGUUGGCAGUUUUGGAUUUGGACACCAUGACAUGGGAGAAUGUCACUCUGGACACCUUAGAAGAGAAUGUUCCGCGAGCUCGCGCUGGACACUGUGCCGUUGGUAUUCAAAGUCGUUUGUAUGUGUGGUCGGGACGCGACGGUUACCGCAAAGCUUGGAACAACCAGGUUAGGGUCUGCUGCAAGGAUCUUUGGUAUCUGGAGGUUACCAAGCCGCUGUAUGCCGUCAAAGUGGCACUGGUACGUGCCUCAACUCAUGCCCUCGAACUAUCCUGGACCGCGACCACUUUUGCGGCUGCCUAUGUGCUGCAAAUUCAAAAAAUCGAGCCACCACCACCGGCCGGCACCAAACAGGGAUCAUGUCAGAACCAGCUGCCAAACACAGCGGAGGGAAACAACUCCGUGGCCGCUGCGUCUUCAUCUACAACCACAUCCCUCGCGGCUAACUCUAAUGGUUCAGAUAAUGCUACAGCGACUGCUGUAAAAUUCGAAAAGAAUUCAAUUGCUGUUUCCCAGCUGCCAAGCACUGUGCCAACAGUUGGAGCUGCAUCUGGCGGGGCUUCCUCUGCUGGCACCACCAUAUUCGUGUCGCAGUCACAGCCAGUGGUGCAGGUGAAGAAUAACACGGCCAUUGCCACAACUGUUAUGACGACUGGAAAACCAUCAACGAAUUCGUCGCCAAUGUCGAUAAUCUCGGCGCAGCCGCAAAUCUCCAUAAUAAGCAGCUCGGCAGCUACGGGAAGUGGCGUUGGCAUCGGCAGUAGUGACAAUGGAAGUCCAGCAGCGAACAGCAGUCCCAACUCAUUGCAAAAGUUUCGACCAAGCACGGUGGCUACUUCGCGAAUAUCCAUGGCCACAGCUACUACCAGUGCCACUGCAGUUGUUGCCACCGCUGGCAGUCAGCUUACUGACGUAAACAGUGGACAAAAUGUGGCGGUACGUGUGGCCACCUCGGUGGCGCCCAAUGUGGUGCUCAACUCACAAACAUCAACAGCUGCAGUUCGCAUCAUUCCUGGCGUCAGUUCAAUGGGCUCUGCCGGCCAGACCCUUCGUCUGGCCACCACCCAUAGCACAGGUGUCAGCGGCAGCGGUGGUGCCACUACCACAACCAUACUAAAAACGGCACAACCCAGCGCUACCGUGCAGCUAUCCACCGCAUCGGGAGCUCAGGGCGCCACCACCACUUCGUUGGCCGGCAAACAGUACUUCAUACAGAAGCCAUUAACUCUGGCGCCCAAUGUGCUGCAGUUUGUAAAGACCAGCAGUGGUGCAAUGGCUGUGCAGGCGCUGCCCAAAAUCAAUUUCAAUGUGGCCAAGGGUGGUGGACAGACUCAGACUAUGUCUUUAUGCAGUCAACAGUUAUCCUCCGGAUCUACACAAAUACAGAUUGCACCUGCGGGCAGCAAUUUGCAGUCAAAGCCUACUUUGACCACAAGUGGGUCUGCAACAGUGGCCACUUCCGUUGCUGGUGGAGGACAACAGCAAAAAUCACUCGUCUCGGGCAACGUUUUGAAACUCGUCAGCCCUCACACAAUGGCCGGCGGUAAACUCAUCAUGAAGAACUCCAACAUUCUGCAGGUGGGCAAAGUGACGCCCAACGUGAUGGGCGGGAAGCCGGCCUUUGUUAUAACAAACAAACAGGGCGGUCAGUUGACCAAUCAGCAGAUUAUCAUAGUGACCACAGGCGGUGGCAUACGCACAGUACCUGCGGGCACAGUGAUGACCAGUGCAGGCAGCGCUUCCGGUGGUGCCAACAUCGUCAGCAUAGUCGGCUCUACAGCGACCACUGCCACACCUGUCGCUGUGGGCGGACAACGCACCUUGAUGCCUACACAGACGAGCGUAAAGAUGCUGCGUAACAUACCGGGUGGUACUGUUGGUCGGCCCAUUACUCUAACGCUGCCCACAUCGACAGCAACGGGCGUGGGUGCUGGUCAAACGGUAACUGGGGCUCAAAAACUAUCGGGCACAACAAUGCAGCAAAAGACCAUAACAUUUGGCGGCAAACCCGUGACUGUGAUGAGCGCCAAUGCGGCGAUGUCAUCAGUGCCCAAAACUGUUACCAUUAUGGGUUCCGGUGGAGGUGCUGGUGGGGGACAGCAGCAGGCAAUUAUCACCAGCGCCGCGGGCACCGUAACUGGCGGCAAUAAGUUGGUUAUGCUGCCAAGCACAGCAAAGAAGGGCUUCGUCAACAUUUUCAGUGCAGGCACAGGUGUUGGUGGUGCCUCCGGAGGUGGACUGUCACGGACACUCACACUGGCUUCCAGAAUGACGUCGGCCAAGACAGCAGCAGCGUCUGUGGCACAAAUGAAGGAGAAAGAUAGCAACGUUGUGGAGGCAGCUGUCACCAUUGCUACAUUGGCCGACUCCGCUUACAAUGAUGCCGAUCCCAUGGAUGAUAUUAUUGAGCAGCUCGAUGGCGCCGGUGAUCAAUUAAAGACGCCCAGCAAUAACGAAGUCAUUGAUAUUGAAGAGGCAUUGGCUGUGGCUAGUGGUGCUGCCACCUCUACAUCUAUAACCUCAGCCAAUACAUUGACAACGAUGGCGACGGUGAGCGCAAUGGCUGAUGAGACGAAGAUGGUUGCGGAGCUUAUGGGUUUGGACACAAUGGAGGAUGUUUCCAGCACCACAGACGCUCAAAAGCCUUCCCUGGCAAGCGAUAAUGAUGUAAAUACUUCAAGAAAGGGCAACGAUGAAAUCGACUCCAGCGCGAAUCCCGUCACCACAACUGGUACGAGCUCCGAUAGCCAACCCACAAACUCUGAAACAGAAGCGGCCAAUAUACUGACAACCAUCAAGUCCGGAGACGGCUUGGGCACUUUGCUUAAGGACACUGUCAUUUCGACCACCAGCAAUGACGAAGCCAAACAAAAACAGGCUGUGCUCCAUCAACAUCAGAAUGUGGACGGAUCACAUUUGGAUGCCUUAGCAUCGGCAGCUGUUAUGCAGGCAGCUACCGCUUCGGUGGACUCCAGUCAGACGAGGAGUUUUCUAGAGAACACAGAUAAUCGCGAUCACAGCUUUAACAAAAUUGCCACCGAGUCCGCAAGCACACAGCCAAAAGGCAACUUCGACAGCGAAGAACCACAACAGAACGCCGCUGCCACUGAUGAUAGCGAUAAGUGGCACACAGUGGGCAUAUUCAAGGAGCUCUCACAUACUGUAACCAGCUAUAUUGACUAUAAAUAUUUCAACGAGUCAGUUCUGGAGAAUUUCGAUGUGGACGCUUUGCCAGAUCUGUCGCAAUAUCCGCGCAUUUCUCUCGAUCCUGGCACAGCCUAUCGUUUCCGGUUGGCGGCUCUAAACUCAUGUGGGCGCGGUGAAUGGGGAGAGAUAAGUAGUUUUAAGACAUGCCUACCAGGAUUUCCGGGUGCUCCAUCAGCCAUCAAAAUAUCAAAAUCGCCAGAAGGCGCACACUUGACUUGGGAACCGCCACCGGCUCAGAAGACGAAGGAAAUUGUUGAGUACUCGGUUUACCUGGCUGUAAAGCCGACGGCGAAGGACAAGGUCGCUUCGCCGCAAUUGGCCUUUGUGCGCGUCUAUGUGGGUGCAGCCAAUCAAUGCACAGUACCCAAUGCAUCGCUCUCCAAUGCCCACGUCGACUGCUCCAAUAAACCGGCUAUUAUAUUCCGCAUCGCAGCACGUAAUCAAAAGGGCUAUGGUCCAGCGACUCAAGUUAGGUGGCUGCAAGAUCCGGCCACAACCAAGAUGCAAAGCACUAGUAACGUAAACAAUCUGAAACGCAAUCAGGAUAAAUCAGGCUCUUCACCUUACGGCACACCACAGAAGCGUGGACGCAGCACCGGAUUGCUGGGUAGCGAUUAGACUUAUGUAACACAUACACAGACACACACACACACUUGUCAGCAUCUAGCAUUAAGUUAAAGGUCAAGAAAAAGGAAAAAAACUUCGUAGACCUAAGCAGAUUUUCAGUAAUUAAGAAUUGCCACCAACACACACAAAAAAAAAAAGAAAAAAUGAAAAAAACUAAAAUUAAAAAAAAAAAAACAGAAUAAUCGCUAAUAAGAUAGCACUUUAUAAACAUAUGUAUGAUUAAUGAGUUGACCGCAUUACUUUUACACUUGCAUGUAAAUCAAUCGACAUAUAGUCACACAAAACACUCGAAAAGUUCUUAUUACAUUAACUAACGUAUUCAUACUUAACGACCGCGACUAGAGACUUUAAGCAACACAUUUGACCUAAAUUUCUUUCAGCGCUAACAAAUUAAAAAUAAUCAUUAUUUAA